CCCACCUCCGUUUAGACCGCAAUGAGCGUAGAUUAUUGUUGUCACCGCAUCAAUUCACCUUUGUCUCUGUAGCGAAAACCCUGUGCAGCAAUACUCAGCAUUACUCUUCCACAGCCCUGAUUGUGACCAGGUGCCUCUCCUUAUACAAAUCGUCAAGCGGAUAUUCGGAUAUCCAUGUUCCCCUGACGGCAUUCCAGCUCACGCGUCCGCUCCCCUGUCGCUGCAACCACUCGACUGGUCAAAUCAUUCCUCCGAAUCUGCACCCCAGUCCCUGGUCGCGACGACGCCCGUCUGACUUGCUAUUCAACGACCCUCGAUACCUACGAGAUGACUGAUCGGACACCUUAGAGGGUGUUCAAUGUCGAGGCAAGCAGGCUUUAUGUGAAAGAGAAGGGACUCCGAUUACACUGCCCAGGGGGCUCGAGUUGCCAUCACAAGGAUGCCUUACCGACAACAUGCAUCCUCCACAGCCAGCCAGUCCAAACAUACAAAUCCUGUCAGAGCCGAUGAUUUGGACAACGGUGGUACGAACUUCAUGCAGAGGACGCCUGCAGCAGAUCAAUCCGGGCUGACACCAUCUAAUCUUGCAGGAGAGAAUGCCCCAUCCAAGAAACCUCCCUCGUCCUUCUCCAGUUCUUCAACAUCGGCAGUUCCACGACGCGAUCCGGGUGACAAUGCCAGUACCUCAUCCACGUUCAGUUCGCGGAGAAGACAAUCUUCCAUCCCUAGUGCCAAAGCUCCCAUGGGCCCGCGCCCGCUGGAUUAUGGGACUGGAAAAAGGUCCGCAAGCAAUUCCGUAAAUCCUCAAUUUAAUUCCCUACGCGGGAACUCCGCUGUUGCUUCCUAUACCCACGAACUAUCCAUCAACGACAUCUCCAGAUUCAGCUUUGCAUCCAUACAAGCCAAACCAUCAGCGCAGGAGGAGCGGGAUGGACAUCUGGACUUUGGCAAUUUCCUCGAGCCGACCUUUAACUUUGACGACUUUCAAGACACGAUCGUCGGCACCGAACCGAGUCUGAACGAAUUCCCGCUUCCUCGUCGAGGGACCUCAAUCAAGAAACCUCCUUCGUCCGAGACGCUCUCAGAAAGCAAGAAGCCGGUGUCACAGCCCGCUAUUCCUAUACCCUCCCGCAAAGGCUCCGGCCUAACUCCGAUCACUCGCAAAAGCUCAACGGCGUCCACAGCGUCGAGAAACUCUGGCGGGUCGGGCUCAAUGACUGGUACCACCACAUCGAUCCUACGGGGAAGGAGGCAAAGUCAUUUUCCACCAAAUUCGUUCAACAACGUAAACGCUACUACCAAAGCACCCAGAAAAUCAGUUGGUCCCGGCACAUUUGUCCCUCCAGAUCCAUCAGACAAACCAGCGGUGAAACGUCGCCCAAGUGCUGGUGCAAGAAAGUCAAGUGCGGAGAGUACGAAGAGCCUGACGCUAAGGGGGAUAAAUCAUCGCGCGGAAGAGAGUGGCUCAGAGGAUAUAAGAACAGGCGAUACAAUCAAGGGAAGACCUUCCCUGGCGCCCAAAAGGCAAGCAUCCAAGGACCUUCUUACACCGUCAAGAACGCCGGAUCUGUCAAAGUCGACGUCCAGCGCUCAUCAUACUCCAACGCGAAGGAGUGGGACUCCAGGCAGGACAACAACUCCUGGAGGGAACGGUGAUCGCAAUCGACGCACGUCGGUAAUGCCUCAUCACGCAACAGGAUUGGGUGCCCGGACAGUAAGCCCAACCGAUGCUCGUCGGAGGCAAAGGAUGUCUAUAGUUCCACCUGCACCACCUUUACCUCAAAGCCGCAUUUCUCAAGCACCGCCGACUCCACAGCCCGAGCCAAUACCAUCAAUACCUUCAACCGAGUUACAAUCACCUGGCUUUCCCAGUCGCAAAAGUCUGACGCCAUCGUCUUCGAGGACGACACCAGACCCUAACCGCAAGUCAUAUAGCUCUGGCCAGUCAUUAUCAUCCAAUACUAGUUACAGCUCGGUCAAGAACAUCGUCAACAACGCUGCGAGACUCUCACAAGUGAUGAAUUCCUCCAGGUUACCGACACCGAAGCCUCGGUUGGAUACUUCUACCAACGCCACGUACGAACUGGAAGUACCGCCGGUCCCGGCAAUACCCAAAGCUUACGAAUCUCCGGGAAGUGAACAAGAUCAACCUUUCUUUUCCGCCAGAUCCUCAAGUCUGCCGCCUUUUGAAGCACCAAGCUCGGCGAGUCCAGGAGUCUCCAGCCUAGCUGAUGCUAUGAAAGCACUGGAAACGCCUCGGGCUCCUAGUUCGUCUUCCAAUAUACCCGUCCCACCUCCAGUGGCGGAAACGGAACCCAAACCGAAGCCACAAGCCAAAGCAGGCAAGAAGAACGUCCAGAAUCUCCGUUUGCCGCCUCUGAAUCUGCUACCCUUGAGUACACCUACAUCUGCCAAGAUAAAGUCGCUCAACACAAAAUCAGAUGUGGGUGAGAAACCAGCAACACCCCCUGGGAAUCGUGCUGUCAUGAAGACACCGAGCACUCCUAUGACCGCCUCCAAGGCGAGCUUCUUCUCCCGAGGACAUAAAGCUGGGGACGAAGCUUUUGCCAUACGAAGUAGUACUUCACAUUAUGCUCUUCGAUCAGAUGAGCGUCGACCACCGAGCGAUAUUAGUCCAGGCUUGCCGCCCUUUGCGUUCGAGGACAAGCCCAGCAAUCGUAACAUCUCGCCAUUUGUCUCUUCAUCCGUACCCAAGACUGACGACUUUAUGAAUUUUAUGAGGCCCAACUUUAACACCGAACAGCUUCACCGGACUCCGAGUCAAGCGCGGCCCAAUGGUCCUCGCGCUCCUAGCUUUUCGGUAACUCCCAAAGCUGAAGUCGCAGCUCCUUCGGUGGACAAGCAGCCGGAAAUUGAAUCUGCAUUUUCGACGUCUGCACUCAGGAGAAAAUUGAGCCGGAAAAAGAGCGAACCAAAGGUCGCAGAGCGUGAAGUGCAGGAGGACGAUUCGGCGAAGUAUGACAACAUGCCUCCUCCCAAAUUGCCAGCUUCAGCCAGCUGGGCGAACACCAAUAAUGGAAAUCCGAGUCCUCAAAAGCCAUCGUACAUUAGGUCGAGACGGCAGACGUCGACCUCGAGCAUCAAGCUGAUUCCAGAACGACAAGAGAGCUUUGAUAGUACGAUGUCGACUGCAAACAGUCGCCCAUCAUUGGAGUCGGUGCGAACCCUCAUGAUCCACUCCAAUAGAUCCGGAUCCGUGUCCGCAAGCACGCCUAACCUCGUGGGCGCGAGAGGUCCGCCACAAAAGCCAGAAGCCGUUCUCGAUCGAGAUGAUAUGGUUGCCGAAGACGAAAUGAAGAAGUUGGCCCACAAGAGAAAGGACUUCGAGUCUGCUGCACGUGAACUUGAUGCUCUCCGAGCCAGAGCCAAACCCGUGAAACGCAUGUCUCAUGAAACCGCGUCCCGGAUAUUCGACCUGACCAUCUUUGAACGCGGGGAAAUUGUCGACUACCCAGACAUUUAUUUUACGGGCGCGUUGAGCGCUCGAAAGAUUAUGGGAGACUUGAACUCUGCGUCCUCGAAUUUCGGCUACGAUGAUGAGAGAGGUGACUACAACAUCAUCGAAGGGGACCAUCUGGCCUACCGAUAUGAGGUCGUCGACGUGCUUGGAAAGGGAAGUUUUGGUCAAGUUGUCCGCUGUGUCGAUCACAAAACUGGAAUCUUGGUUGCCGUGAAGAUCAUUCGCAACAAGAAAAGGUUCCACCAACAAGCACUUGUGGAGGUUAAUAUUCUCCAGAAGCUGAAAGAAUGGGACCCUCACAAAAAGUACAGCGUGGUCAACUUCGACCAGAGCUUCUAUUUCCGGGGCCACCUGUGUAUAUCAACUGACCUUCUAGGCAUGAACCUUUACGAAUUCAUCAAAGCUCACGAUUUCCGAGGCUUCUCUCUCAAACUGAUCCGACGAUUCACGAAACAACUACUUCAGACUCUGAUUCUCCUUCAACAGCAUAAAGUCAUCCACUGCGAUUUGAAGCCGGAAAACAUUCUGCUGGCGCAUCCUGUCCAUUCCGAAAUCAAGGUUAUCGAUUUUGGCUCGAGUUGUUUCGAAAACGAAAAAGUGUACACCUAUAUCCAGUCACGGUUUUACCGAUCCCCGGAAGUUAUUCUCGGAAUGUCUUAUGGCAUGCCAAUAGAUAUGUGGAGUGUUGGGUGCAUCUUGGCCGAGCUUUAUACUGGGUACCCUAUUUUCCCCGGCGAAAACGAACAAGAACAACUGGCUUGCAUCAUGGAAGUUUUCGGUCCUCCAGAAAAGCAUUUGAUUGAGAAGAGCAGCCGCAAAAAGCUCUUCUUCGACUCAAUGGGCAAGCCACGAUUAACGGUAUCCUCCAAGGGUCGGAGGAGACGACCCAGUUCUAAAGAUUUACGACAAGUCCUCAAAUGUGACGAUGAAGCAUUCCUUGAUUUUAUUGUGAAGUGCUUGAGAUGGGAUCCCACUCGAAGAAUGAAUCCCCUCGAAGCCAACAAGCACGAAUUUAUUACGGGGAUCAAAGUCCCUAGUAAUGGCAGGAGAAAUCUCUCGUCAGUCAACUCUCCCAUCAAGAGGGUCAAUUCUGUCAGUACUGCGGGCAUUGCCAGACCUUUACCACAGCCCCCGUCCACCACCUUGAAAGCGCCCGUUGGGAACAGGCAAGAAUCAUCUCCCAACAAGCCCGGAGCAAGGCGUCAGUCGACUGUGCCGGCACCUUCACAGGGAACUUCACAGGCAAAAAAGGCUUCUCAUGCGGCCAUGGCAUCUUCGAUCUCGAAUCCGAAUUUGACGAGGCUGACCGUUGGCCAAAGAAGUAUGAGUGGAAGGUCUGACUUGGCCGCUGCUGCAGCUGCUGCAAGUUUGGUUAAGUAGAGUCUUGACACAUCCACUGUGACAGAUUUGUCAAUGCUGGGAUUGUACUCGAACCGGGGACGAAUUUCUUACUAUCGUUAAUGAACAUAUAAAGACCAGCAUAGCAGAUAUGGGAGUUCACAACCUGGCCACACACAAAGGAGGUUCAUUGCCGCAAGCCGGGAGGACGUUGAUGGCUUUUUGAGAUGGAUUUGGACUGCAUUCAAGUCCUUUGUCGAGUUUAAUAUCCAUAUACCCAACGCUUGUGCUUCGUUGUUUUGAUUCUUGGGAGGAUGACUUUGAACAAUGGAAGAGAAAAGCAUUGAACUCUUGUUCAUUGAAUAUAGAGAAAUGGCAAAACCGGUCAGUCUCCGUUUCCAUGGCCAGAAG